UACAAGUAGAGUUAGAAAAAAAUAUUUUAGUUUUAGUUUUGUUUAAGAAUAUAACCGACAACGUUAUGUAACAUUAGUUAUAGCGGGAGGGAAGAACAAAUGAAACGAACAUCCAAAUCCCUGUGUUGUUUCUACACUGCUUAUGAGAAACAUGUAGUGGCAUGCACUGAAUACCUAUAAGAGAGCACAUAACUUGUGGGAAUCUGGUGUGCAGAAGUACUUUGUCCUGACCGGUUUUUGUUAACUCCUUUUAAAUCUCCUCCUCUUUCCACUCACGGUGAAGAGCAAGCAGUGUGAGAGGUUUAGCAUAGCCGCUGGCCUCAGGAGUGCUGAAGUACAACUAAUUUUCAGAUACUGAGUAUAAAUACAGUAAGUGUUUAGAUAUAUAGUUAAGAGUAGGCUCCUAUCAUCCUCCAGUAUUUUUCCUAUAACUCGGGUCUGGAUGUACCUGUUUCCUGCACUGGGUGCGCUUGUCUGGCCAGGUGUACAUCAUGUGGAGGGAAUGGAGUUGCUUACGUCCUCGGAGUUGGAGGCAGUCAAUGGGACAGAUGUACGGCUCAAAUGUACAUUUAAAUCGACACAUCCUCUCUCCGAAGAAAAAGUCUCUGUAUCCUGGAGCUUCCGACCACUUGGAAAGAUGACAGGAGAAUUGAUUUUUCACUACCACAAAAGUGCAUUUCCACCGGAAACAGGCAUAUUUAAGGGCCAUGCUGUAUGGUCUGGUGAUAUAAUGAAGGGUGAUGCAUCCAUCACGCUGCAGAAUGUGCAAUUCAGAUUUAAUUGUACCUACAGCUGCCAAGUCAAAAAUCCACCCGACAUCCAGGGCUUUAUAGGCGAGAUCAGCCUCAGAGUUGUUGAAAAAGUUUCAUUCUCUGAAAUUGGAAUUCUGGCAAUAGCUGUGGGUGGAUCCAUUGGCGUUCUUCUCCUGAUCCUCAUCAUUUUUACUGUUGUGCGGGUUUUCCGGAGACAGGAUGAUGAUAUGUUUGUUGAGAUGGAGGACCACAGAUCAGAGAAUCAGGUGCCGUGUGAGAGGAUGCCUUGAGUGAGUCUGUGCUGUUAGUUUGCUGUCUGGACUAACCAAUCUUUAACUACUAGUGAUAACAUAUUUCAACACAGGAGUUUCUAAUUAUAUGAAAUAACAAUAUCUAGAUGUCAAAUUGAUUGGUAGAAGCUUACGUUCUUCUACUCUUAAUUUUACAGAUAUAUGUUUUUAGUUAUCAUAACCUUUUUA